AUGGCGGUCGGCGCCCAAGCCUGCGCGCUUCUCCUGCUCCUGCCUGUGGGCUGUCUGGGUGCAGGCCGCGCGCCCAUCGCCCUGUCCAACACAGCCUCGGUCAACCCUGGUGAACUCUGUACCCCAGGAGCCACCUGUGUCCCCAGAGCCACCACCUGUGCCCUCGGCAAGCCUCGCGCUGUCCACCAGGCCCCAACCUCCCAGACACCGCUGCCUACACCCAGGCCCACGUUUAUGCCCUCCUGUGGCUCUUCCUUUGAACCGGACCCCACGCUCCGUGACGCAGCGGCCAUGGCCCGGCGGGCACCUUGGAUGGUCAGCGUGCAGGCCAAUGACAUCCAUGUCUGUGCGGGAAGCCUCAUCGCCUCCUGCUGGGUACUGGCCGUGGCCCACUGUGUGAACCGGCAGAACGUGAACUACACGGUGAGGGUGGGGAGCCCUUGGAUUGAUCAGGAGACGCCGAGCGGCGCCGACAUCCCGGUGCUUCAGGUCAUCGUGAACCCUGGGUACCGGCCCCAGUGCUUCUGGUCCUGGAUUGGCCAGGCCAACAACAUUGGCCUCCUCAAGCUCCAGCACAAGCUCAACUACAGCAAGUACGUGUGGCCCAUCUGCUUGCCAGACCUGUACUACGAGCUGGAGGCCGGCUGCCGCUGCACCGUGAUGGGCUGGGGUCUCUCCAGGGCCGAUGGUGAGUGGCCCCAGUUCCGGACCAUCCAGGAGAAGGAAGUCACCAUCCUGGACAACAAAGAAUGUGACGAGUUCUACCACAGCUUCUCCACCAUCUCCUCUCUGGUGUGGAUCAUCACCUCCCAGAUGGUCUGUGCCACGGACCCCAGCAGGGAGCAGUUCUGCUACGAGGUGACCGGCGAGCCCCUGAUCUGUUCCUCAGAGGGUACCUCGUACCUGGUGGGCUUGGUGAGCUGGGGUGCAGGCUGCAGGAUGAGUGAGGCACCGCCCAUCUUCCUGCGAGUCUCCCCCUACCAGCCCUGGAUCUGGGCCCAGCUCAGUGGGCAGCCGCUGGGCCUGCGCACCCCGUCCCAAGCCCUGCUCCUGGCCCUGCCACUGCCCCUCAGCCUCCUGGUUGCUCUGUGAUGCUCGCUCCAU